AUGCGAAACACUCUCAGUCUUUCAGUGGAUAUCCAGUUGAGUGAUAGUAAAAUUGUAGAAAACGGGACUGUUUGGCCGUUGCAAAUCACUGGUCGAUUCAAUGCUGUCACUAAUAUUAGCAAAAUAUCUGUGAUUUGUGUAAGAACAGGGUCAGAAAAACCAUCAAUUCAGGUUGUACUAUCUCAAUUGUCAUCGUUCACACUCAGUGAUUAUCCUGAUAGUCCACAAAUAAAAUCAAUCAGUGUAGUUAAUCAAACAGGGGACAUAGAUAAUGUAACAUUGAAAACUCCUUUAAACCCAGUAACUAAAUCAGUUCAGUUCAUAGCAGGACGUUUAUAUUUUGGUGCGAAGUAUGCAGUCAUCUUUAGUCUGAAAUUUAAUCCAUCUCUUAGCACAACCAUUGUGAAAUAUCCAGUUCUGGUCGAAAUUGUGUGCAAACCCUAUGAACGUGGUAGUCCCGUAGUGAAUAGCUGCGCAAGACAGAAGUUUUACAGGUUCAAAUCUCAUCUGCGUGUUGAACUUGACUACACUUAUCCGUCCAACUUACCUCAUUACGUUGCAAUGCGGAACUCUCUGGUACAGUUACCCGACCGUCAAGCAAACACAUUUCUAAAUGUUGGUGAUCUUUUGUUUUAUUGUGCCCGUGCGUUUAGCAUAAAAGGUUCAUUAGAUUUGGUGAGACGUUGUUUCAAGAUUAGUAAAUUGCCUGAAAGAAUUUGGUUUGAUGUCGGACCAUUUGUUGAACAGAUUAUAGCAUACACAAAUCCACUUGGCAUAUUGUUCGGUUUGGGAGCAAAUGGUGGAGGUGUAAUAAUGAGUAAGGAUUUGGGAAAAACAUGGAUAUCAAUCAACCCAUUCAUGUAUCAAAGAACUUUGAACACGUCAACUGAAAUCAUCACAGCAAGUGUCAUACCAUGGAUUUCAUUGACUGGUUCAAUUGACAAUACAUUGUUUGAGUCAUUUUGCAAGAUGCGAGUGGCUGAACAAUGGAAUGUAUGCAUCAACGCAAUUUAUGCAAAUGAACUUCUAAUGGCAAACUGGACUAACACCUGUCCAAACAUCAAACCCUUUUAACCGAUCAAUUACUUUCAGUCGGGAUACAAACUUUGUUCAAAUAUUUGUGCCUUUUUAAUGUGUUCAUUUUAUGUUGUGUGUAAUAAUGGAACAUUUAGUUAAUUUUCUAUUCCACUACUUAUCCUGCAAUUAACAUUUUUUUAAAUAAAGUACAUAUUAG